GGGCCGCGGCGUUCGCGGGCCAGUCGCGGCUUGUCAGAACGGUAGCCGCCGGAGUGGGCGAGGCUGCGUCGCUCGGUCUUGGCCGUCCGGGACCCGCGUGAGGAUGAGAAUGCAGAGGACGCAGGGCCGCUGGAAGAGCAGGUAACGAAGCUGGGGUGCGGUGAGGCCGCGGCUGGACUUCUUCCGGGACCCGUGGUGCUGAAUGGAGAGGACCGAAGCGACGCCGAGCCGCGGCUCCUAGCGGCGGGGCCGCUGCCCGAGCUGCAGCGCCAGGCGAGGAUGUGUGGAGCCCAGGCGGCGCGGGGCAGCUGAGAGCCUUCGGGCCCCAGGACCCCCGGGGCCCGGGAUGAGUUAGCGAGGGCAGCCACGGAGCCCGUUCCGACCGCUACAGGCCCAGGCGACGGCUACCGCCCUCCCGCCCUUUCCGUGCCUAAGCAGCUAGCUCCUUUCCGCGCCCGCCCGCGCUCCCGGCCUUGGAGACCAUGAGGUUCCGCAUCUACAAACGGAAGGUGCUAAUCCUUAUGCUCGUGGUGGCCGCCUGCGGCUUCGUCCUCUGGAGCAGCAAUGGGCGACAAAGGAAGAACGAGGCCCUCGCCCCGCCGCUACUGGACGCCGAGACCGCGCGAGGUGCGGGCGGCCGGGGCGUGGACCAUCCCUCUGUUUCUGUGGGCAUCCGCAGGGUCUCCAACGAGUCGGCGGCCCCCCAGCCCGAGGUGGACAACCUGACGCUGCGGUACCGGUCCCUGGUGUACCAGCUGAACUUUGAUCAGACGCUGAGGAAUGUAGAUAAGGCUGGCACCUGGGCCCCCCGGGAGCUGGUGUUGGUGGUCCAGGUGCAUAACCGGCCCGAAUACCUCAGACUGCUACUGGACUCACUUCGAAAAGCCCAGGGCAUUGACAACGUCCUUGUCAUCUUUAGCCACGACUUCUGGUCGACAGAGAUCAAUCACCUCAUCGCUGAGGUUGAUUUUUGUCCGGUUUUGCAGGUGUUCUUUCCUUUCAGCAUUCAGUUGUACCCCAACGAAUUUCCGGGUAGUGACCCCAGAGAUUGCCCCAGAGACCUGCAGAAGAAUGCGGCUUUGAAAUUGGGGUGCAUUAAUGCUGAGUAUCCCGACUCUUUCGGCCAUUAUAGAGAGGCCAAGUUCUCCCAAACCAAACAUCAUUGGUGGUGGAAAUUGCAUUUUGUAUGGGAAAGGGUCAAAGUUCUUCGAGAUUAUUCUGGCUUUAUACUUUUCCUAGAAGAGGAUCACUACUUAGCCCCAGACUUUUACCAUGUCUUCAAAAAGAUGUGGAAAUUUAAGCAGCAAGAAUGUCCUGAGUGUGAUGUUAUCUCUCUGGGGACCUAUACUGCGGGUCGCAGUUUCUACGGCAUUGCUGACAAGGUAGAUGUGAAAACUUGGAAGUCCACAGAGCACAAUAUGGGUCUAGCCUUGACCCGGGAUAUCUAUCAGAAGCUGAUCGAGUGCACAGACACUUUCUGUACUUAUGAUGAUUAUAACUGGGACUGGACUCUUCAGUAUUUGACUGUAUCUUGUCUUCCAAAAUUCUGGAAAGUGCUGGUUCCUCAAGUUCCUAGGAUUUUUCAUGCUGGUGACUGUGGUAUGCAUCACAAGAAAACCUGUAGACCAUCCACCCAGAGUGCCCAAAUUGAGUCACUUCUAAAUAAUAACAAACAGUAUAUGUUUCCAGAAACUCUAAGUAUCGGUGAGAAGUUUACCACGGUAGCCAUUACCCCACCUAGGAAAAAUGGUGGGUGGGGAGAUAUUAGGGACCAUGAACUCUGUAAAAGUUAUAGAAGACUGCAGUGAAAAAUCACAAUUAUAAAAGCAAAAGUGACAGUCUUCUAUUUUUGAUAUUUGUCCAAACAGGAUAUACAGUUCAAUAAAAGAGUUUAGGAACUGGUUUCUGCUUUAAUUAAAAAAUUUAAAAAAAAUUCUUGUAAAAGCUGUCCAAAUACAUAGUAAUCUUUUUCAGAUAUGUCUGAUUAAGAUUUAAAACUGAAGUUUUCAUUUUGGGAGUUGGGUUUUAAAGCUAAAGGUAAUGAUUAUUGUUAAUUGAUAAGAGAGAAGGGGAAAUUUUGUUUAAAUUCAUCUAUUGAUCUUUUUAUCUGAAACUUUGUAAACUUUUCCACUUUCAAAACUUAUUUUAAGUACAGCAAAAUUUAUUUAAAAUUCAUAGCAGUAAAAAGUAUUACAGUAAAAUCGUUAGAGUAUUAAUGGAAUAGCCCAAUUUCAGUCUUAAAACAGUUUUCAGGAAAGGAUUGCUUCACUGGUUUAAUAAUUCAGAAGUUAUGUUUGUUAAACACCCUGUCAGAAAUCACUUUCAGUAUUACAGAUUUCUAUACUAUUGUGUUGAUUUGCCUGUGCUUUGGAACCUUCAUACAACACACUUUUGGAAUGUAUUUGAUUGAUAAGGAAGAAUAUUGUUUUCACCUCACCGUAGGAAUAUGGUGGGGUUUUUUUUUUCUUUUAGCUCUGCCAAAAUAAAAUACUCAUUUUUGCAUAAAAAAUUUCCUGAUCAUUUUGCAGAAUAAGUUUUGUUUACACUAAAAUUCAGUGGAGACAUUCUUGAAGUUUUGAAAGAUGGCAUUACAUCUUAAUGUUUACUAUCUAUACCUUGUAUAAUUGAGUUUGAAAUAAAACUCAGCUCUAACAAUGCAUUCCCUUUGGAAGAAACUGUUUGGCUUUCAAAUUAGCCAGGCAUAGAUAAUUAACAAUAAAAAGCUGCUGUGUAACGGAAAUACAGCCUAAAUUGUUCAUGAAAGCCAGAAAUGAUACAACGUUCUGUCCUGCCAAAGUGAAACAUGUCCUAAUGCCAGCUUUAACUGAAAUCAUACUUUUUAAAAGAACAGAUGCAGUAAAUAAGAGGAAACAGGCUUAAAAUUUACUCCACAUUUAAUGCAGAAGUUUAUAGAAGUUUCCCUUAAUACAUAAUUCAAUUAACCAAAAAUUACUCAUAAAAGACCAAUUUCUGUGUAAAGGAAUUGCAAUUAGUCAUUUCAACCUAAGAUAACUAUUAAAUGGACAGUCUCAAAAUUAUUGCAUCAACUUAAGAUUCAUAGUGGUUGAAAAAUACAUGUGCUCAUCUAAGAUAAGGCAAAUAGUUCUCUUGUUUUAUGAGCUACCUGUCUACUACCCUCAGAGCCCAAUCUUGUGCUAGACUUUAUCUGGUGGUUAUGAACGUAAAUCAGGAUGAAUCACCAGGCUGUCUGCAAGUUUUUUGUACUCUGACCUGACAUCACCAGUUCAAAGAACUAAAGAAAUUAGGUGAUUUCAAGGACUGAGCUAAAAAAGUCAGAGUCUGAAUUAGUAGCUGUUUUUGGACAGAAAUGGAUCACCUCAUGAAUUUGGGGUUAGCGAUUAGAUCAACAAAUAUUCUCUUUAAUACAUUUUCUUUCAUGCUGUCCUAAAAAUUUUUGUAAGAGAAAACCUGCUAGGAUUUUCUCCUUGUCUCACAUUUUAGGUGUUAGUAAUUGAUUAGGAAACACUGGCUUUUGUUUUGUUUUUACAUAAUAAUAUAAUG